AUGGGCGGAAAGAAAGGCGGAGCCGGCGAGAACUCCAAGAAGGCGGCUGGCCAGGCUCGCAAAGCCGAAGCCGCCGCCGGCAAGAAGGCCGCCGAGGACGCCAAGCGCGCCGCCGAAGAAGACAAGCAAUGGCAGAAGGGAGCGAAGGGCAGUGCUAAGAAGGACGACGCCGAGGCCAAGAAAGCCGAGGCCGCCCGCAAGAAGGCCGAACGCGACGCCCUCCUAGCCGCCGAAGAAGCCUCGCAGCCCUCGAAGCCCAAGGGCAGCGGCGCCAAGCAGGCCGUGAAGAAGACCCGGGGUCUGGACUUGUCGCAGCUGGAUGAGCCGGCCGGCGGCAGCAAGGCCUCGGCGCUGAAUGCGUCGGGUAUUGACAACGCGCUGGACGCCCUCUCCCUGACGGGCAAGGACGCCGGCAAGGUGGACCGCCACCCGGAGCGGCGGUACAAGGCGGCCUACGCAGCGUACGAGGCCCGCCGGCUGCCCGAGAUCGAGGCGGAGAACCCCGGCCUGCGCCGGCAGCAGCGCGUCGAGCUGUGUCGGAAGGAGUUCGAGAAGAGCGAGGAGAACCCCUUCAACCAGGUGCAUGUGGCGUUCGAUGCCAGUCGCGAGGAGAUCGCGGCCGUGCGGGAUGCGGAGCGGAAGAAGGUCGAGGCGCGGUUGGCCAAAUAG